GUCGGGGGAGCGGAAGCCGGCGCCAUGUCGGAGCGGGUUUUCGCCGAGGAGCUGGUGUCCGCCCUGAGGGAGGUGGUGAGCGGCACCGGCUGGCAGUGCGCGGGGCGCCUGGACAGCCUGCCCGCCCCCUGCACCAAGCUGUAUUCUGACGAUGGCGAGCACAUCGUCCUGGUCCGCACCAACAAUGAUCGUUUCUAUGCAAUGGAUUCUGCCUGUCCGCACGAAGGGGGACCUCUUGAACUGGGAGAUGUUGAGGACAUGGGCACAGGGAAGCUGGCAUUAAUUUGUCCCUGGCAUCAGUUUGACUUCUGCUUGGAGGACGGGCAUUCCUCUACAGGUUUCCAGAACCAGGUUUAUGAGGUUCAUAUCUCCGAGGGCAAGGUUUACAUUCAGACCCAGAGCUCGCUGUCCCGGGCUCCUCAGCAGGCAUCUGGAACAUUAUUGUGCGAGAGAUUCUCCUUGAAGUCUCUGACUACUACAAGUUCUGAGGAUUCCCUCUGUUACUGGGCUGUGAAGAUCCUCUGUACAUCAGACGCUGAGGAGAAGGUAACCCUGACAGACCAAGUGGAGAAGUGGUGGACCUCAGGUAAAAUCAGAGAGGUUGGCCAUGGAGAUGUCCCACCACAGCCCAGCAGACAGGAGAACCUCAAGGUGCUGCAGCCGGGCAGGAUCAAGAGGGGCAAAGGUGGCACCCUGGCCAGCCGGAUAGCGUUGCUGCAUUCACUUGCCAACAUCGAGCAGUGGGCUAUAGACCUCUCGUGGGACAUCAUCGCUCGCUUUUCCAUGGUGAAGCUGAAGAAUGGGCGGUCAUUGCCCCUAGAAUUCUUCAGCGACUUUGUUAGAGUGGCGGGAGAGGAGGCCAAGCAUUACAAGCUGUUGGCGAACAGGAUCAAGGAGCUGGGCAGUUAUUUUGGAGCACUACCGGUACAUAACGGUUUGUGGCAGUCGGCGUCUGACACGGCCAGUGACUUAUUGGCACGACUUGCCAUUGUACACAUGGUGCAUGAAGCCAGGGGUUUAGACGUGCACCCUCAGAUGCUGGCUCGCUUUGCGGCGCAGGCAGACCAGAGCUCUGUGAGGCUUCUCGAGAUUAUCUACAGGGAUGAAAUCACACACGUGGCGACAGGCUUGAGGUGGUUCACUUACAUCUGCUCAGAAGAAGAAAAGGACACCUUGGCCACAUUUCACAAUCUGGUCCGGACCUAUUUUAAAGGCUACUUAACCCCUUUCAACACAGAAGGAAGAAAAAUAGCUGGAAUGAGUGAACAAUGGUAUCUGCCUUUGAUCAAACCAUCUCAAUCAGAACUUGGGAGUGGUGUUCCCUGAACCAGCACAGCGUUGUUGCAGAGAACUUUACAUUGUGACACUGCAAUCAUCCCUCUCACUGCCUGGAUUUUCCUCUUUCGUGCAAUGUGUUCAAUAAGCUGAUGCCCUCCCUUGGCUGAAACCAAGAACUGCCCUGGGAAACCUUCCCACUCAAGUCACUUUCUGUAUAAAAUCACUGCCUAUUGUUUGUCCCUCAGGGCUCUGUCCUCGGUC